UUCUAUAACAUCAUCAUGGCGGCCGCAUGGAAACUGUUCAUAAAGUGGAUCACAACGUUUACGUUAAUUUUUUACUACGUAUUUCCCACCGGUAAUUUAACUAGAUUAACUGAAAACGACCCAAGUAUAGAUGCAGUUCUACGAUCCUACAAGAGGUAUAACUUAUCGAUGCUAUUCCAAGGACAGGAAUACUGGAUGGGGGUGAACGACCCCCAAUCCCUAACAGGAGAGUACCCGGAGAUGAAAGCUUUCGUUCCGAGCUUUUACAUCGACCAGUUCCCAGUCUCAAAUGCGCUGUAUUGGGAGUUUCUACGUAAGAGAAAAAGAUACGUCCCGGACGCACUUAAAAGUGGCUGGAGCUGGGUUUUCGAAAAUUUCGUCUCCAAUCAAACACGAGAACGGUUAUCUGCUCCUGGAACCGGAUUUUGGCUUGCCGUCAAGAGAGCGAACUGGGAGCAUCCCGAAGGUCCGGACUCUGAUAUCAAAGACCGUUGGCUUCACCCAGUUACGCACGUUAGCUGGUACGACGCCAAGAUAUACUGCAGUGUCUACGGCAAACGACUCCCUACCGAACAGGAGUGGGAGCUGGCCGCCAGGGGAACAAGACUCCUUAGGGAGCAUGUGCAGUAUCGAGUACCCAUGGGGCGGACCUUUUGGCAAAAGAAACAGAAUGUGAUACUUGGCAGACCUCUUGUCACGAUUUAUGUACACAUGAUGGGAACAUGGGAGUGGACUCCCCGCAUGAACCUGGGAGUCCACCCUGAACACCAGGAGAAAACCUAUCUCUUGAAAGGGGGUCGCACCUGGACGCUCAGGGGUAUUGGGGUACACAGUUCGAGUUUUAAACAGGGUCUCCAAGGGUACCCGUGUACUCGCGAUCAGGCACGAGCAGAGUCUAGCACGACUCGAGUCCGUUUACAGGUCUCGAGUACCCGUCCAAGGAAGAACAUUCUCAAUUAA